GUGAGUGCCAUGGGUGACGUUCGUUCGGUGUCGAUCCAGACCAGACGCUAAUUGCAGAAGCUAAGUAGCCUGGAACCCCACUCCGCUGGUUCUCAUCUAUGUUCCUGCAUAUCGCGAUUCCUACAUUGAAGCGAUACGAUCAUGUCGAAGAAGGGAAAUGACACCCCUUCUUCCAUUCGUAUUCGGGAGAAUCAGCGGCGCUCGCGUAAUCAGCGCAAAGAGCUCAUCCAGGACUUGCAGCGACGCGUGCAGGAAUAUGAAGCCAAAGGCAUCGCCGCUACCCAAGAAAUGCAACGCGCAGCUCGCAAGGUUGCAGAGGAAAAUGCACGCCUGAAGAGCUUGCUAGCAAGCCGUGGUGUAUCGCACGAGGAAGUGGAUGCGUAUCUACGAUCCUUCGACGCGGCGAGCGCUCCAAGCCCCUCCGCUGCCGCGCUGUUUGCUCAACCAGCGAUGCGACCUCAGGCCUCACUCACUCCCGCGCAAAGCUCUGUCGGAUACGCGAAGUAUCCUUCGCUCGACAAUGGUUUGCUGAUAUCAUGCGAGACCGCUGCCACCAUCAUAUCAGAGAUGCGUGGCGACGGUGAUAGACAUCGGAUACGGGCGAGUCUGGGUUGUCAGGGAGACCAGGAAUGUAGUGUCAAAAAUACGCUUGUUCUGGAGCUUAUGGAUGAGAGGUAG